UCAACUUAUCUUUUUCUCCGCUCCAGAGAAACUAUUUAGCAUGGCUAGAACCAAGCAGACCGCUCGUAAAUCCACCGGUGGCAAAGCCCCCAGAAAGCAGCUGGCCACCAAGGCAGCUAGGAAGAGCGCUCCCGCCACCGGAGGCGUUAAGAAGCCUCACCGUUACAGGCCCGGCACCGUGGCUCUCAGAGAGAUCCGUCGUUACCAGAAAUCCACUGAGCUGCUCAUCCGCAAGCUGCCCUUCCAGCGCCUAGUCCGAGAAAUCGCUCAGGACUUCAAGACCGACUUGCGCUUCCAGAGCUCGGCUGUCAUGGCUCUGCAGGAGGCCAGCGAGGCUUAUCUGGUGGGGCUCUUCGAGGACACCAACCUGUGCGCCAUCCACGCAAAGAGGGUCACCAUCAUGCCUAAAGACAUCCAGCUGGCCCGCCGCAUCCGCGGAGAGCGAGCAUAAAGUCCCACGGCUUACCAAGACACAAAGGCUCUUUUAAGAGCCACCGACCACUUCAUUACAGAGCUUUAUUCUUCAGUUAAUAUAUGGGCGUUAAGUCAUACUGUUAUACGCUGUCUCUAGAAUACAGUUGAUAAAACUUACACUUCUAGCUUUGGAGUAAUUGUAGGAAACUCAACAUAUGGUGAAUUUUCAUUACAGCAAAUUGUACGAAAGAAUAAAUGUAAAGUAUAAAUAUUUA